AUGCGUUCGUUCGGUUUUGCCCUUGCCACGGCCUUGUCCGUAGGCACCGCCAAUGCUGCCCUUAGUAUCGUUCCCGGAGCCACCUGGACGGCUACGAACACCGGAGAGCAUGUUCAAGCCCAUGGUAACGGAAUCAUUGAGGAAAAUGGUGUCUACUACAUGAUUGGCGAAGAAAAGACCGACGGAUCGGCUUUCCAAGCUGUCAACUGUUACUCGUCCACGAACCUCGUUGAGUGGAGCUUUGAGGGGCGACUUAUCUCUCGUACCGAAGAAGCAGGUGACCUGGGACCCAACCGCAUCAUUGAGCGUCCCAAGGUCAUUAAGAACGAUAGCACGGGGAAGUAUGUUUUGUAUCUUCACAUCGACUCUUCAGACUACAAGGAUGCACGUGUGGGCGUCGGAAUCGGCGACUCUGUCUGUGGAGAGUAUGAGUAUCUCCGAAGCUUCCGCCCCCUGGGCUUCCAGAGCCGCGACAUCGGAGUUUACAAGGAUGAUGACGGCAAGGCUUAUCUCCUGAGUGAGGAUCGCGAGUACGGAACCCGCAUCAUCAAGCUCACCGAUGAUUACCUUGACGUCGAAGAGGUUACUUUCGGCUGGGAGUACUUUGCUGAGUCACCCGCCUUGGUCAAGAGGAACGGAAUCUACUACAUCUUCGGAUCUCAUCUCACUGGCUGGAACCCCAACGAUAAUGUUUACAGCUAUGCUGAGUCUCUUUCUGGCCCAUGGUCCAACUGGACGGAAUUUGCACCCGUAGGAUCCAACACAUUCAGCAGCCAGGUCAGCUACGUUUUGCCAUUGGGCAACGACAAGGCAGUUUACAUGGGAGACCGCUGGCACUCGACCAACUUGGCGGCAAGCACCUACAUCUGGUUGCCCUUGAACUUCGAUGGAACCACAGUUACCCUUGACUGGCAUGAUUCCUGGACUUUGGACGUCGCCGCAGGCACCUGGUCUGAGGCGAAGCCUACCAUUGAGCUGGAGGGCGAAGCCGCCGAGCUGUCCAAUGGUGCUCGUGCGGUUGACUGUUCUCAGUGCAGUGGCAGUUCAGCCGCUGGAUACCUUGGCGGAGACGAUGAUGGCACGGCUAUCUUCAACUUUGACUCAGCUGCCGCAGACCGUGUUACUCUCGUGGUCAAGCACAAGAAUGGAGACACUAGCUCUCGCCAUGCUGCUGUCUCGGUAAACGGCGAGGAGCAGAGCGUGGCCUUCUUGGCUACCAAUCAACACCCCGACAGAGCUGGCAGCAGCGUCAUUCAUGCUGAUCUGAAGGAGGGAGCGAACACGGUUACGUUCUCCAGGUCGGAGGGUUGGGGCCCCGACGUUGAUCAGUUGAUUGUCCCUCAGUUGUGA